AUGGCGCGUACGAAACAGACGGCCCGAAAGUCGACGGGUGGGAAAGCCCCUCGCAAACAGCUUGCAUCCAAGGCUGCCCGCAAGUCUGCCCCCAUGAGCGGUGGCAUCAAGAAGCCUCACCGAUACCGCCCCGGUACCGUCGCUCUCCGUGAAAUCCGCAGAUACCAGAAGUCGACGGACCUCCUGAUCCGCAAGUUGCCUUUCCAGAGGCUCGUGCGUGAAAUUGCUCAGGACUUCAAGACGGAUCUGCGUUUCCAGUCCUCUGCUGUCCUGGCUCUUCAGGAGGCUGCUGAGGCCUACCUUGUCGGGCUCUUUGAGGACACCAACUUGUGCGCAAUCCACGCCAAGCGUGUCACUAUCAUGCCAAAGGAUAUCCAGCUGGCCCGCCGAAUUCGUGGCGAGCGCUCUUAA